AUGCAUUUACAAGAGCUCUAUUAUAACGCUGAAAUUGGGAAAAUUAAGGACAACAACUCCGGAAAGGUGCAAACCAAGCGAAAGUUCAAGGAAUUAUCACCUCCAAGAAAGCGUAAAUUAUUGGGAUUCUUUCAUCAACAUUCAAGGAAACAACUAGAACAUCCUAACGAUUCUGAAAGUGACUUCACUCUAGAUGAUAUUAACGAUCGUUUUACUGCGGACACAAGAAAUCAAACUGAUGAAGAUAGCGCUACAUCAAAUAUAAGUUUAUGCGAUCGAAGACAAAGAUAUAAUGCUCCAGAACCUCCAUCCCUUCAUGAAAUGGCAAAUCAUGCUACAGGCACCAAUUUCUCGAUAUAUCUUAAAAAACUACACGAGCUAGGUUCUAAUAUAAAACGUUCUGUAAGAACAAGCCACAAAACAGAACCCAUUUCCUCAGAAAAUAGUUUCUCUGGUUCUGAUACAUCUGAAAGGAAUGGUCAUUCUCUUGAAUAUUACGACGUUUUCCAUACAAAUCCAUCACAUUUGAAUACGUUGUUUGAUUAUGGAUUAGAACAUUGCUCCAAUUUAACUCAUGGCUUGAAAGAACAACAGUUUAAAUCAUUUAGAAGAUUAGGCCCAUUUCAAACGAAAAAAUAUGAAGAGUGCACAAGUUUAGCUAACACCUAUUCUUCUCAUUCAAGCCUCCUCAGCUCUCGUGAAGUUGAUGCACUUGAUGAAUCUGCUACAUGUGAUUAUUCUACUGAGAGUCGAGGUACCAAAAGAAUGUUGAAUUUAGGGAGAAUCAAUAGUAAACGAUUAUGUCUACCUAAAGAAUCAGAAUCGCUAUCGACAGGAUCGGAAGUGGGCCAUGCACCAUCUAUGACAAAAUUACAUUCACCCAAUUUGUUUGAGGAUAAAGCUGCCCUUUUAGACCAUUGCUUGCAAAUUUCAAGUAGUUCCGAUAGUGUUUCUACAAUCGAACUAUCAAAUGAUAAUCUCUCUUUUUCAGAAAGAAGUGAGGAAGAUUUUGGAAAUGUACCUGAUACCAUUGGUGUAUCAUCUGUUAGUUCACAAGGAAGUGUAGUAUCCAAUCAAUUGUUGUGUUCAGUACCUACGUUUAGGAAAGGCCACCAAAGUUAUGGAUGGAGUAUUCCUAGGCUUGUUAAUAAUCUUCAUGAUGGAUCUUUCUCUGAUAGACGUCUUAACGAAAUACUUGAAAAUAAUUCAAGUAUUAGUUUUACUAAUCACCAAUUUUACGACGUUCCAUAUAAUGUUGAAGAAGAUGAAGUGGCAAUUAUGCCGCCAAUAGAUCAUAAUAGCUUUCAAGGCAGCAAUGAUAAUGAUAAUGAUGAGAUUAGCGUUAUAGAAAGGGAACAGGAUGUACUUGCAACUCUAACUGAAAGUCAAAGAGAUAAAAACGAACGCAGCGUUAGAUUUGACGAAAACUCCCAACUAAUGAUCUAUAAAGCGGAGCCAACGGAGAAUUCGAAGCAUAAGAAAGUAAACUCUCAUUCCUACGACCUAAAAGACAUAACAAGAAAAGGUUUUGGUUCAAUCCUUAAGGCGAAGGAAAAUGCCUGUAAGAUAGCUGAGGAGGAAAGAAUAAAGAAAUGUGACGAGGUGGAUGUAGAGGAAUUCAUGAGAUUAUUUGAGAGUUCUGAAAUGAAACGUUCCUACAAUGAAAUGGAAUUCUCGAGGUUUAGAGAACAACAAGUAAGGUCGUAUAUUUUGAAAAACUGUAAUAAUAAUAAAGAACAGUAUAAAAAUGCCUUAAAAGCUACGAUAUUUCCUAGCGGCAAUGAAGAAGAGUUUACUGAUUCUGAUUUCGAGCAAGAAAACCAUUGCCCAAGUUCUUUCAAACCUUUAUGUGGUGACACCAGCUCUACGAAUACAUACUAA